CACCGAGUCAAACGGAAACCUCACCUUUACUUUUUCGGAACCAGACAUAUAUAAUGGCAACGCCUCAACCCAUUUUCCGAAACCGUUCGCCUCGUUUGCCAAAUGUGCACCAGCGCCAGCUCAUCCAGCUCUUCAUCGUCUUCACCGAUGUCUUCGCCCAAGUCUUCUCCUGUCCACCAUGCCAGCCUUGUUGACCCUUCUAUCCACUCGCCAGCUCUUCUUGAACUGGUGGACAUUCAGCUUUCGAAACAGAUCAUUGAUUAUGUCGUAGAUUGUGUAGCAGAGACUGUCGAUUUUGCGAUGGGACGUCCCUCUCACACCCGAGGAAGAACACCUUCACAUCGCCCAGAACACACCAAAUUCACAACUUUCGUCACUAAUGUCCUCACUCGAGCCGAAGUGACUACCCCUAUCGUCCUUGUUUCGCUUGCCUACAUUGAUAGAGCAAAACCACAUUUACACAUUGCCCUCGAGGAAUGGGCCUUAGAACGAGUGUUUCUUGGCGCGAUAAUUGUUGCAUCAAAGUAUCUCAAUGAUUCUACGUUAAAGAACGUACACUGGGCACUGUGCACCGGUGUCUUCGGCAAGCGAGAUGUGGGGCGUAUUGAACGCGAGUUCCUCGAUGUUUUGGAUUGGGAAUUGAGCAUCUCAGAAGAUGAUAUCCUUUCUCACCACGCUGGUAUUUCUGCUGCUAUCGCUCCUUUGACCUCACCUUCUCGCCAUCAUCAUACCCAUUCUUCCUCGCAUCAUCAUCAUCAUCAUCAUCAUACCGGAUAUCCAAGCCACCAUACUCGAACCCACCAUCGUACUUCGUGUCCAGAGCUUGAGCCUUCGAGUCCGAUUUCCUCAGACGGUUCAUCUUCCCCACGGACACCAUCAACAUUGAAUAACUCUCCUGAAUCUUUGGCCCCCACAAAAGACUCAAUAGUUCCAACACAUUCUAAUUCAGGUCUUGGAGACCUUCUACGAUCUUUUCCCAUUCCUUCACAUCAUACGCAGACACAUUUUCCGAUACAAGUUUGAGUUUGUUUGACUUCACAUCUUUUUCAACCCUUGCAUAUCUUCUCGAAUGCCCCAACGUUCCCUAUUGCUAUCUAUCUGAUUUUGUUUCCCAUCUACUCGCACUCGUAUAUGCACUCGCACAAUAGUACUGCAGUGCUUCCCAUCUCAACUUCGAAAUUCGCCUCAAUGUAUAUUUACGCCUACAUAGUCUAAAGUUAUAUCUACCCCACUUAUUUACUGCCUGUCUUACCUUACUGCAGUUGCACAUUGCACCUAUCAAUGUGAAAUCACACCUUAUCUCUUUAUCUCGAAUUUUCCAUAACACGACCUUCGCGUGAGCACUAAAAACGACAGUGAGUGGGCUUG